CCAACAAGGGCAAUUGACCAGAGAGAGAGAGAGCAAUGGAUUAUCAGCCACAACCGCCGCCGUCUUCUGAACCUUCCCCGUCGCCGUCUGACCGUCCUCCGGGAAUCACAUCACCGGAGACGCCAACGAACAACCAGAACCACGAGAUUGAGGACAUAAUGGCUUGCGUCACGGCUUUGGAAGCAGCACUGCUCCCAUGCUUGCCAGCUAGAGAGCUUCAAGCUAUCGACCGCUCUCCUCAUCCUUCUCAUCAAAUUGAUGUUGAACGUCACGCCAGAGAUUUCAUGGAAGCUGCUAAAAAGCUUCAGCUUUAUUUCAUGGGAUUGAAGCGAGAAAAUCACGCCCCCACAAGAGCUGAAAGUCUUAGGAAGGAGAUUUCAGUCAUGGAGGAAGAGCUCAAGACCAAAGAGGAGCUUAUAAAGAAACACUCGAGGCUUAUCCAAGAAUCACAGAAGCUAGUGAAAGAACAGAUUGAGAAACACAGAGUGGAGCUUGAGAAAGUAUAAUUAACACAUCAAAGCAAUGUUAAUUUGUUUCAGUAGUAUAUAGAUGCAACUCUCCUACUCAUUUAUUCAUCCAUUUAUGUCUUAUUUUACAUUGCAAGAGUAAUGCAGACAAUGAGUGAUUCCAUCUGUAAUCCACAUCCCUUACAAAAAGUGCAGAUACACUUAAAUUAUUAUU